GGGCGGGGCGGGGGUUUCCUCAGAAUAGUACAGCCCAGACAGAAGGUGGAAAGGAGAGGAUUGCUCUUCACCUGCUUAAUAGGCAAGGCUCACUAUUACCCGGAAGUUCUUCCUUGUGAGGAGGUGGGGGUCUUUCCUCCCUUGAUGCAGUGAGCAUCCCCCACCUCUUCUUUGCUGCUUCCAUGAGGUUUGUUUGAACGGAAUCCACAGAGAUGAAGAGAUGCAGCCCCCCUGGCGCUAACUCCAGCCAUGUAAUACUGGGUUGCUAUGGGAAUCUUAUGAUAAUCUGAGAGGAAGUAAGUCCCCGGUAACAUUGCAGUUACUCAUGAUGUGCCUGAAGUGAAGAGGAAGGGAAGCACUUAACAUAUCGAAGUGCCAAGACUCUGCUGUGUCAUGGCUACAGACUCUGGUGAAUCAGCUAGCACAGAGGAAUCAGAGAAACCUGAUGGGGUUUCUUUGGAAAGUCGGGCCCCCUCUGUUGAUGCCGCUAUGACCAUGGAGGCCAGGACAAAGGAGAGUGUGGGUACACCAUCUGCCUCCGGGGCAACUACAGAGAGGAAAAGGUUCUUCCGAAAGAGUGUGGAGAUAAUGGAAGAUGAAAAAGUUUUGGAGCCUGCUCCCAGGGAUGAACAAGAACAAUUCAUGGUCGGUGACCAGAGGAUGGAUCAUCUUUCAGCAAGCAUCCUGGUGACCGGGCAGGAGGCCAGAAAUGAGCAGGGUUCAAAGGUGAAUUUAGAAGCCUUGAAGGAAAGGACCAAGAAAGAGAUAGAAGAGGAGGCAGAGAUGAAGGCUGUGGCUACAUCACCAGGUGGAAGAUUUCUGAAAUUUGACAUUGAGCUGGGAAGAGGAGCCUUCAAAACGGUUUUCAAGGGUCUGGACACAGAAACCUGGGUAGAAGUUGCUUGGUGUGAACUGCAGGACAGGAAGCUGACCAAAGCAGAACAGCAGAGGUUUAAAGAAGAAGCAGAAAUGCUCAAAGGACUCCAACAUCCUAACAUCGUCCGAUUUUAUGAUUCCUGGGAAUCCACAGUCAAAGGAAAGAAAUGCAUUGUAUUAGUAACGGAGUUGAUGACAUCUGGAACGCUGAAGACGUACUUAAAACGUUUCAAAGUCAUGAAGCCAAAGGUUUUAAGGAGCUGGUGCCGUCAAAUCUUAAAAGGGCUGCAUUUUUUGCACACGAGGACCCCUCCUAUAAUCCACCGUGACUUGAAAUGUGACAAUAUCUUCAUCACAGGACCCACUGGUUCAGUCAAGAUUGGAGACCUAGGACUGGCAACUUUAAUGCGCACAUCAUUUGCUAAGAGUGUUAUUGGAACUCCUGAAUUCAUGGCUCCUGAAAUGUAUGAAGAGCAUUACGAUGAGUCUGUGGAUGUCUAUGCAUUUGGAAUGUGCAUGCUGGAGAUGGCAACUUCUGAGUACCCUUAUUCUGAAUGCCAGAACGCAGCUCAAAUAUACAGAAAAGUAACCAGUGGCAUUAAACCUGCCAGUUUUAACAAGGUGACUGAUCCAGAGGUGAAAGAGAUCAUUGAAGGAUGCAUUCGGCAAAAUAAGUCGGAAAGGCUGUCCAUCAAAGACCUCUUAAACCAUGCUUUCUUUGCUGAGGACACGGGACUCAGAGUGGAGCUCGCAGAAGAUGAUGAUGGGUUAAAUUCUUCUCUGGCAUUGAGACUUUGGGUGGAAGAUCCCAAGAAACUGAAAGGCAAACACAAAGACAAUGAAGCUAUCGAGUUCAGUUUCAAUCUGGAAACAGAUAUCCCAGAGGAAGUUGCUUGUGAAAUGGUAAAGUCAGGAUUUUUCCAUGAAAGUGACUCCAAAGCUGUGGCUAAAUCCAUCCGGGACCGUGUUACUUUGAUUAAGAAGACCCGAGAAAGAAGGCAGGUGGACUACUUGGAGGAGAGGAGGGACUCUCAAAGCAAGUUGCCAAGUGGCCUGCCUCUGCUCCAGCCACAAGGCUCAUCGUUCACCAUUGCUUCCCAGCAGAACAAGACAGAGUGUGAAGAAACAGAGGUUGACCAACAUGUUCGACAGCAGAUCCUUCAACAAAUGCAGCACAGUUCCUCCCUCACCGCUGACAGCUUAUCUGACCAAGGAACAGGAUCAGUGACACUGUCAGAUGCCUCCAGCCAACACAGCAUUCCCUUCUCUUCAGAUCAGAUGGUGGGCACCCAGCAAGUUCCUAGCCUCACGCAAGCUGAAAACAGUGUUCAAGGGCCUAUCUAUACUUCCCAGCAGCUGGUGGGGCAUUUCCAGUCCAUACCAGGGCCUUCCGAUUCCCAGGUAUUGUACGGUACAGAAGGACAGGCCUUGGAUGGAUCUAUCAUGUGUAUCCCUCAGCAGGUCUUGACAGUCACUUCCCCGCAAAGUAUACCUGCUCCACAGAUUGCAAACCAGCAGCUGUCAGCCAGCAUACAACAGUCACCUGCUCCUAGACUCAGUAGUCAGUCUUCGGCUGCUGCAGCAUCAGUGGAUUUGGAAUAUGCUCCUGCCAGUUCUGUACCUGCCAGUCAUUCACCUAUUCAACAGGGACAGCCUCCUGUCCAGUUUGUCAGUAAUGUAGCAAAUUUGGCACAGGGUGUUGUGAAUUCCUCAGCACCACAGUCAAUUCCACAAGGAGUUGCAUCAAUUCAACAACCCCAGCAAAUUCCCCAGCAGGUGCCAUCUAUACAGCAGCCACAACAGGCUUCCCAGCAGAUGGCUUCCAUGCAACAAUCCCAGCAAAUGAGUCAUCAAAUGUCAUCACAACAUGUUUCCCAGCAUUUGGUGGCUGCACAGCAGACUCAGCACAUUCCGCAGCAGAUGGCAAACAUGCAGCAAGCUCAGCAGGUGACAUCAUUGCAGCAGCCUCAGCAAAUGGCAUCCAUGCAGCAGCCCCAGCAAAUGGUGACCAUGCAGCCACCCCAGCAUGUUUCCCACCAAAUGUCUCCCAUGCAGCAUUCCCAGCAAGUUCCACAACAAAUGGCAUCCAUGCAGCAGCAGCCUCAGCAGAUCCCUUUACAGGUGGCAUCCAUGCAGCAGCCCCAGCAGGUUUCUCAGCAAAUGGCUUCCUUGCAGCAUUCCCAGCAAAUUCCACAGCAAAUGGCAUCCAUGCAGCAGCAAGUGGUAUCCAUGCAGCAACCCCAGCAAAUCUUGCAGAUGGCAUCUAUGAAUCAACCCCAACAGAUUCCUCAACAGAUGGCGUCUAUGAAUCAACCCCAACAGAUUCCUCAACAGAUGGCAUCCAUGCAGCAGCCCCAACAGGUUUCACAGCAGGUGGCAUCCAUGCAGCAGCCCCAGCAAAUGCCCCAGCAAGUGAUACCUGUGCAGCAGCCCCAUCAGCUUCCACAGCAGAUUGCAUCCAUGCAGCAGUCCCAGCAAGUGGCGUCCAUGCAGCAAUCUCAGCAGGUUCCUCAACAGGUACAGCAAGUGGUGUCCAUGCAGCAGCAGCAGCAAAAUACACAGCAAGUGGUAUCCAUGCAGCAGCCACAGCAGAUGACCCAGCAAGAGGCAUCCAUACAGCCCAUGCAAAAUCCUCAACAAGCACUAUCCAUUCAGCAGCAGCCACAGCAAAUGACCCAGCAAGUAAUUUCCAUGCAGCAGCCACAGCAGGUUUCCCAAUUGGUGGCAUCCAUGCAGCAGCCUCAGCAGAUUCCCCAACAGAUGGCAUCCAUGCAACAGCCCCAGCAGGUUGCCCAGAAUGUGCCAUCCAUGCAGCCGCAGCAAAUGCCAUCCAUGCACCCACCCCAGCAGGUGGUAUCCAUGCAACAACCCCAGCAAGUUCCCCAGCAAAUGACAUCCAUGCAGCAGCCCCAGCAAAUGCCCCAGCCACUUGUAUCCAUGCAACAAGCUCAGCAGGUGGUGUCCAUGCAACAGCCUCAGCAAAUGCAGCAACAAGCAGUGUCCAUGCAGCAGCCCCAGCAAGUUCCCCAGCAUGGAAUAUCAACACAACAUCUCCAAACAGCAUCAGUCAUGCCACAGUCUCAACAAACCUCCUAUCAGAUGGGCUCUAUUCAACAGUCUCCACAAGUCCCUCAGCAGGUUAGCUCUUUUCAACAGCCACAACAAGUUGGAUCUGUACACCAGGCUUCCAACAUACCGCAGCAAGCAGCACCAACACAGCAGUGCCCGCAAUACCCAAGCAUGCCUGUAGGUACUCCCAGGCAGUCUUCUUUGCCCCAGCAAGAUCAGCAAACUAUUCAGAUUCAUCAAUCCACAGAUCUGCACCCUGGUGUAAUGCAACAGAUGUUAUUCCACUUGUCUGUACAGCAGCCAAAACAGGAGCAGCUUGUCCUCCCUUCUAGUGCUACAGAGCAGAUGCCAGUUGCACCUCAGCAAGAUGUAGAAAAGCAGCAGCUGGGAGCUGAGCUUUCCUGUUCAGAACAGGCGGUUUAUUCUGUGCAGAACCAGUAUCAGGCGCAAACGCAAGAACAACUGAUCUAUCCUGCUCCACCCUCACACCACCUACCAGCUUCUGAGCAACUGGCUCACCAAGUACAGCCGGCAAACCAGCAGGAGGUACCAGAGCAAGCAACAUGCCAGAUGCAUGCCACAUACCCAGUGCAGGGUUCAGAUCAACCUCCCUGCCAAGAGCAAUUGGGAUAUCCAACACCUGGAAUCUAUGCAGGGCAGGCCUUGGACCCAGCAACAUAUCCAAUGCAGCCUUAUUACCACGGACAGCAGGCAGCAUUCAGAACCCAACCACCACCAUAUCUUGGUCAACCUCCUGAAAUCCAGCAGUCUCACCUAGCAGUACAGGCCACAGAUCAGCCAAAUUUUUCUGCACAGUCUCCUGAGCAAUCGCUAUAUAUGAUGAAAGAUGGCGGUGUUGGGGGUAUGGAACAGCAGGUCUGCUUGGCGCAACCAGGGGAAGUCCUUUCUUAUCCUUCAGAGCAGCACCAGUCUGAGCCACCAACAUAUCUCAUCCCGCAAGAUACUAACCUCGGGCACCAGCUGUCACCUCAUAUGCUGCAUAGGAUUGCUGAAAAACAACAGCCAGAAAUGCAAACCCCUUUUGUACCAUCUUUUGUACCACAAAUGCAGCCACAACCUCCAUAUCAGGAACUCAGACAGCAUCCUCAGCCUCUCCAAAUCACAAACCCUCAGUCAGUCCCAAGCAUAUUACAGGUGGCAUCUUCUGUCCCAGAACAGCCAGAAUCGGCUUACACAGUCCAACAAUCAUCAGAACUCUCGGAGCCCCUGCCCAACGCAAGUCUCAUCCAGCCACCCCAAGCAUUUCAGCCAGCUGAAAGCAACCAGCAAUUUUCUCCCAUGCAGUCAGGAUAUGUUCAACAGCAGCCAGUGUAUCAGACUUCAGCAUUCUCUGGCGAACUGGGCCUUCAGAACCAGGUGCCUCCUCUGGCGACAUCCCUGAACCAGCAAGCUUCACUUAGCACAGUGGUACAACCAAACCAAGAACAUAUACAAGGACAAGAUAUCCCACAGGUUUCCAUAUUAGCAGCAGAGGAGCAACCCACAGUUCAAAAACAAGAUUCUGUCCAAGGAUUAAUCCCUGACCAAACCACCCAGAAGGAAGGUGCUUGUGAUCUUCCAAGUGGAAAUGGCAAACAAGACAAGAGCAAACAAAGGAGGACUUCCUGUGCCCGAUCAGAGAAGGGAACCAAAUUUCAGCUCACUGUGUUGAAGGUGUCAACAUCAGGAGACAAUACUGUGGAGUGCCAACUUGAGACUCAUAACAAUAAGAUGGUCACAUUUAAAUUUGAUGUUGAUGGAGAUGCUCCAGAAGACAUCGCUGAUUACAUGGUUGAAGAUGAUUUUGUGUUGGAAAGUGAAAAGGAGAAAUUUGUUGAUGAAUUGAGGACUAUUGUUUGCCAAGCCCAGGAAAUCAUUCGCAGCAUUCCUAUUGAAGAUCGCACCUCUGUUUUAGACUCAGUUCCCUCGGAUCCAGCCAAUAGUCAAACAGGAUCUUCUGAACAAGUUCAGAUAAACCCAGCAUCUACUCAAACUGGCAGUGACUCUGCUCCCCAAUCAUCCCCUGUUGGCCGCUGGAGAUUUUGCAUCAAUCAGACAAUAAGGAACAGAGACUCCCAAGCACCCUAUACUCUUUUGCAGUCAACAACAACUGCCCCGGGAUGUCAGAUGACAGAUCAUUUAAAGGAAAAUACCAAAGAAGAGAGCCCUCAAGAUUAUUCAAAGACUGUGGAAGAUCUUAACAACCAGCAAAGGCCUACUCCUUCUUCUGGCUCAAAUGUCCUGAGGAGUGACAGCAUGAUAUCUGAGCCCCAAAUCUUGAAAAGUGAGCAAUCAGCUUGUCCUCACCAAGUGGAAGUCAGCAUGGAUACCCUGCUGUCUGCCACUGCUGGUGACAACAACAAUGCCCUUGCUCGUGAUUCUGCAUCCUGGGUUGAGUCUUCGGGGACAGAGACUCAAGGUGAUGGACCUUGCCUUUCAUCCUUCUCACCCUGUCCAACUGCUGGAACCACUGAGAUGAAUAUGUCUACUGAGACCUUCCUGUCCAGAUCAAAUGGCUGUAACAUCCCAGCCACUGAGGACAUGGAUAACUCAAUAAAUUCUGAACAGGUUGGUGCCAUGGCUCAGACCCCGGGCCAGGAAGGCCUUUCCUUCGCUUCUGCUCUGGAGUCAGACAGUGAGGGUCCCCCUAAGAUGGAUUUUGCUGACAACAAUAUCAAGACUCUGGAUGAGAAGCUGCGGACGCUUUUGUACCAGGAGCACAGUUUCUCAGGGACUUCCCCUGAGAGCCAGAAAGACACACAAAGUGCUGUAGAGUCUCCGUUUUCGUCUUCUGCUGAAGAUUUCCCCGCCUGCCCAGUAUCUGAAGAUCCCGAUACCAAUUCCCCCAAAGAGACCCAGCAAAGCCCCACAGAAGUAUCAGAUCCUCAAACUAUGUGCAUCCCAUCCACAAGUCAUUCAGACAAUCUGCCGGUGCUCAGGAGGGAGCCCAGUGCUAUCACCUCCGCCCCCAGCGAUCUCUGCAAAAACGAGACGUCCCCAGAGGCUUCAUUUCCUGAGAACCCUGUGGCUUGUCCUGCUUCAGCAUCAAGUGGUGGAGCCGUGCACCUGCAUGCAGGAGGUGGAUAUUUUGGCCUAAGCUUUACUUGCCCUAGUCUCAAAAACCCUAUUAGCAAGAAAUCCUGGACUCGCAAAUUAAAAAGCUGGGCAUACAGGCUACGGCAGACCAGCUUUUUCAAGAGAUCAAAAGUCCGGCAAGAUGAGAUGGCUGGGGAUAUUACGCCUGAUUGGAUUUCUCUCUCUGAGCAAGCAACAGUAGAGGAUAAAAUGACUGGUCAGUCUAAAACUGUGGCUGGAUCGUUCCAACGAGGCCGAUUUCAGGUAAUCACAGUGCCUCAGCAGUUGGCCUCAGGUGGUUCAGAAAGUGAACACUGUGAGAUGCCUCCUUCCUCGGAGCCCAUGGGAGAAGAGGGGACUCCUAGACAAGGAGCAAUGGCUGUAUUAGCCAGUGCUGUGGUUGAAACAGAUGGAUCAUCCACUACCCCUGAGCAGCGGGAACUGGAGGAGACCUCAGUCACUGCUAGCAGCAUGCAGUCUAGCUCGGAGCCCUGGUCCAAAGGGGGCUUUGUGCGGAAGCAGCCAAGCUCUGAUAGUGAACUUUCUGCCCCCAUGGGUUGUAACUUACAAAGCUGGGAGCGAAGCCAACAGUCGCAUGAGGAGAGGGGUGGCACUCACACAAAGAGGCGCAGUUCCCUCUUUUAUUCUCCCUCAUCCCCAAUGAGCAGUGAUGAUGAAUCCGAAAUCGAAGAUGAGGAUCUGAAGGUGGAGCUGCAACAUUUGCGGGAGAAACAUAUACAAGAGGUAGUGACUCUUCAGGCUCAGCAGAACAGGGAAUUGCAGGAAUUAUAUGAGCGUCUUCGCACCAUCAAAGAUAGCAGAUCGGAAUCAUCUGAGAUCUCCUUGCCACUGUCAUCUCCACGCCGGCCUAAAUCUUUCAAAAGCAAACUGCGGAGCAGGCCCCAGUCUCUCUCCCAUGUAGAUAAUGGCCUUGUGGCUGCUGAAUGCUGCUGUGCUACUACUGCAGCCUCUGUGAUAGACUAUCAGUUGAGCAUUCAAGCCCAUUUGCUGCAUCAGAGCUGUUCACAAGCAGAGACGAGUCAAGACCAGCUCUGCAUUGUUAGCAGCACUGCUUCUUGUCAGCAGACGACGGCCAGUAAGAAAGGGAUGUUCACAGAUGACUUACAUAAACUAGUGGAUGAUUGGGCAAAAGAAAAAGUGGGGAACUCGCUUAUUAAGCCAAGUCUCAACCAAAUCAAACAGAACAAACACCGACUGGACACGGACAGUUGGAGCAGAGUAUAUGAGACGACCGCAUCAACGGUGGGGUACACAUCCACAUGGAUUUCUUCCCUUUCCCAGAUUCGUGGGACAAUACCAGCUGCUUUGCCCCAGGGACUCCCCCUGUCGCCCUUUUCCAGCACUAUAUCGCCGUAUGGAGUGCCCCAUGUUUGCCAGUACAACACUAUGGCGGGGACAACUUACCCAGUGCAAUGGAUGGGCAUUUCAGGGACGCCACCGCAGCCCGUUGUCGUUCCUGCUCAGUCUGCAGGACCCUUUCAGCCAGGGAUAAGCAUGCCAGCCUUCCCCGCCUCCCCUGUGCAGAAUCCAGCUCCCAUCCCUCCAGGUCCUAAGUGAAGGUGGAUGGCUCCAGGAGGAUAGCGAUGGGGACUGUGCCUAUAACUCAUGAUUCCAUUCCUCUGCCUUGCAUUCUGCAGCCUGGAUUGUUGGGAGCCGAUGAAUUCCCCAGUGCGGCAAAGUGUGAUGGGAGUGGUGGGAGACUGCCUUUGCAUUCUCUUCUUUGAAUACUUGAUUUCAUUUUCUGUUCUUUUUUUUGUGGGGCGGGGGGAGGGUUGGGGAGACUUUUUUUCUUUUAACAAGUACUUGAGAGAGCUUGGACCUGUUCAUCUCAUUCUUCCUGAGAUGGACUUCAUGCCCACGUGCUGCUUAUUAUUGAUGAGCCUUCCUUGCCAUUCUUGCCCCAGUUUCCUUGUUACUUCUCAUGGAUUUGGUUUUCUUUUCUUUUUUUUAUUAAGAGAUAUAGUAGCUCUUCUAAAAUUGUACACAUUUGGGCAUUUGAGUUAGUUUACUGAAGGGGAUGGCACAAUUCCCCUUAAUUUUCUGUUUCUCUGGUUUCAUCGUCAGCUCAGAUUGCAGGCUAGCUUGGGAAGGUGAAAAAGAAAGGAAGAAAAAUGCUGGUAGCUGCUGUUUGAAUCCAAUGAUAAACUGAAAGAUUAUCAAAAGAAAAUACACAAACAGUUGUGAUCGAUUAGUUCAUUUUGUAAGUUUGUAAUUGUUGCUGGGCAAUUAAUGGCAGCUAGAUUCCUUAUACGCACACUGCAUUUGAUAGCUGUAUAUGGGUUGUUGGCCAGAUUUUUGUACCUGAGUUUUGGGGUUGUGUCUUUUUUUAUAUAUAUAAAAGCUUAUUUUGCAGC